AUGGAUGGUGUAGAUAUCGACGACGAAGACGAGGAUUUCUCCUCUUCUAAGCUGACUGCACCAGGUGAGAUAAUAGCUUCUUCUUCAGCAUAUAUGCAUGGACACGGUACAUACGUUAAUGACGGUAAUAUCAUCUCACAAAUGUCUGGUGUCGUAGAGAGAGUCAACAAGCUGGUGUCUGUACGACCAUUAAAGCAUAAGUAUUUACCACAAGUCGGUGAUUUGGUCAUAGGUCGUAUCGUAGAAGUUCAAGCCAAGCGUUGGAAAGUCAACAUAAACGCUGCUUCAGAUGCAGUACUAAUGCUGUCUUCAAUCAACCUUCCAGGAGGUGUACAGAGGCGUAAACUUGAGAGUGAUGAACUUCAGAUGCGCAACUUCUUCACAGAAGGCGACCUCUGCGUUGCUGAAGUACAGUCAUUCUUCCACGACGGUAGCGUCUCCCUCCACACCCGUAGUUUGAAAUAUGGUAAACUUCGCAACGGAACACUCGCAACUGUUCAACCAAACCUUAUGAGACGGCUGAAAUCUCACUUUUACACACUUCCAGUUAAUGUAGAUCUUAUCAUUGGCCUUAAUGGUCGGAUAUGGGUUAGUAAACACAUGCAAGUUGGACAGGAAGUCAAUCUGAAUGAAGAAAAUGAAGGUUUCGACAGUGAAGGAGUGUAUAGUAAUGAAAAUGACGAUAUUGAUUCACAAACUCGAGAAUCUAUAAAUCGUACAGCAAUCGUUAUCAAUAUCCUCGCUAGUCACACCGUACCACUCACAGAUAGUCUUAUAGCGACAGCAUACGAUGUGGCUGUUGAUCUCGAAGGCGAUAAUGGAAUUGGAUAUCUCACUAGUAAUGAGGAAAUCCAGACGGAACUGAUACACAGUGCACUCGAAGUAGAGAACGGUGAAAUGGAUGCAUAA